AAGCCCAAGCCAAAGUUCAUGACAAAUAUUGCUCCUCCAAAGAUCCCUGACGGUGAUAAAGUGGAUUUUGAUGACAUCCACAGGAAGCGUCAGGAGAAGGAUCUGUCUGAGCUGCAGUCUCUGAUCGAGGCUCACUUCAUCCAGAGGAAGAAAGAAGAAGAGGAGCUCAUCACCCUCGUUAACAGAAUUGAUAAACGUCGUGCUGAGAGAGCAGAGCAGCAGAGGGUCCGGGCAGAGAGAGAGAAGGAGAGGCAGGCCAGACUUGCGGAUGAAAAAGAACGCAAGGAACAAGAGGAGCAUCGUAAGAAGCACGACGACGACAACAGGAAGAAGAAGGCCCUCUCAAACAUGACCGCGCAGUACAGCGCUGGACAGAAGAGUGAUAACAGAAAAGGAGCGAAGAAACAAACUGAGAGGGAGAAGAAGAAGAAGAUCCUGGCCGACCGCAGGAAGCCUCUUACCGUUGAUCAUCUGAACGAGGACAAACUCAAGGAGAAGGCCAACGAGCUGAGGCAGUGGCUGAUGGGACUGGAGGCUGAGAAGUUUGAUCUGGGUGAAAAACUCAAAAGACAGAAGUAUGAUUGCCAAAGGACGUGGCAAGGGCAAGAUGGCCGGCCGGCUGAGGUAAAGGAGCAGCCAGACGGGGCCGAAGCAGACCGCGACACCAGUGAUUGGCCAACGUGUCAUUUAUGUGUGUAUUCAUUGUUCUGUUGUGUUGGGUUACAUGUCAAUUAUCAUGAUAUCAAAACAAUAAAUAUGUCUUUACAUCCACUCUGCUGCCUCUCUGCAAACAAUGCAGGUUGUCUGUUUCUUCGUUACUACGUCCAGCAUUCAGUGCUACAACACAUUUAA